AUGGGGGAGCGGCGGGCGGGGUCUCGGAGGCGGAGCCGGAAGCCGCUCUGCGGGUCGUGGAGCGGCGGCGGCUGUUCGGCGGCGGCCGCGGCGGCGGGAGCCUGCCGGUGCUACAGCAGCGGCGGCGGGAGCGGAGGCGGCGGCUGCUACGGCGGCGGGGGAGGCGGCGGCGGCUUCUGGCCGCGGCCGCCGACGCCCCGGCUCCCGUGUCUCCAUGGUAGCGUGGGCAGCUACCGCCGCCUCAUCCACGGCUUCGAGGACGUGCUGAGGCGGAGGCUCCGCGGUCAUCUCCGAACCUCACGAUUGUCCCCAUCGAUCAAGAGUGGAAUAAUCAUCACAACCCAGAAACCCUGCACCCAAGACAGCGAUACGCUAUCUCAGAGGCACAAGCAGAAAAUGAAAGGGGAUACCGUCAAUGUGCGCCGCAGUGUCCGAGUAAAAACUAAAGUCCCCUGGAUGCCCCCAGGCAAAACAUCUUGCAGAGAAUCAUCGUACAAGUGGGAGGGACCGACCCAUCGCCUGGAAAUCACCCCUCCAGAUUCCGACAAGCUGCUGUCUGUGCUUCGCUUGAGUGAUCUCUCCACCGACGAGGAGGACGCCAUUCAUUGCAAGAUGAACAAAUACGAGAAGAAGAUCGACAGCUUACUCAAUGUCGUGGGAACAUUGAAAAACGAGGUCAAAUGUCCACAGAUGCCAAAGCCUGUUGGGACGGGCUGUGUGGCCAAGCGUCUUCUGGAGGAGCAGAAGGACGAGUUGGACGAGGUCACUCAAGAGCUGGUGGAGACCGAACACGAGAACACAGUCCUCCGUCGCAAUAUUGAAAGGAUGAAGGAGGAAAAAGAUCUCAGCAUACUCCAGAAACGGCAUCUGUUGCAUGAGAAGGAGUGUUUGAUGUCCAAGCUGGUGGAGGCUGAGCUGGAUGGGGCAGCCGCUUCCAAACAGAUCCAGGCCUUGAAGGACGUGAUUGGGAAGCUGAAAACGGAGAAGAAUAUGACCGUUUCGGACAUCAACACCCUGACUAGGCAGAAAGAGUUGUUGCUGCAGAAGCUGAGCACUUUCGAAGAGACCAACCGCACUCUUCGAGACUUGCUCAGAGAGCAACACAACCGGGAGAAGGAUGCGCAAAAGUUGACAGAGCAGCAAGCUACCCUGAUGAAAAGGCUAACUGACUCCGAUACAGAGAAGGCGCAAUUAGUCAAGAAACUACAAGAGAAAGAAAAGGAAGUGGAUGAUUUACUGAUUCAGAUACAGACCGAAAAGGAUCAAGCCAAAACGGCCGCUGAGCUCUCAAAGUCUAUGGAAGCUGUGAGGGGUCAUUUACAAGCACAGCUGCGGAAUAAGGAAGCCGAGAAUCACCGCUUGGGUAUCCAGAUCCGGAAUCUGGAGCGGGUAGCAGCUCAGCACAAGGCCGAAGUGGAGAACAUCAUGGAACAGUUGAAGGAGCUGAAGGCCAAAGGAGAUCGGGACAAAGAAGCUCUGAAGAAAGCCAUCAAGGCGCAGAAGGAACGAGCAGAGCGGGCUGAGGAGUUUGCCGAUCAACUGAACGUCCAAUUAGCUGAAAAGGACGCCUACGUGGCUGAAGCACUGUCCACCCUAGAAUCCUGGCGGAAUCGUUACAACCAAGUUGUGAAAGAUAAAAGUGACCUCGAGGUGGAGAUUGUGAUGCUGAAUAGCCGGAUUUCCGAACUAUUGGAACAGCAGAAUACCAUGGAAGAGAAAAUGCGAGAAGACCGAGAUACCUUGGUAGAUAAACUGCACAAACAGGUCACGGAAAGCACUGCUGUCAAACUGGAGAACGAGAGGCUGAAGACUAGCAUGAUUCCAGUGGAGGAGCGGCUGAACCAGGCUCAGCAGGAAGUGUCGAAGUUGAAGGCUUCGCUCAAGAACUACGAAGGCCUGAUUGAAACUUACAAGAAUCAGGUGGUGAAAACCCGAAUGGAAGCCGAUGAGGUGACAGUGAAACUGGAACUCUGCGACAAAGAGAACAAAGCCCUGAAAGAAGAAAUGGCCAAGGAGAUUGAAAAUGCUCGCAAGCAGUUCCAGAGCCAAGUGGCCGAGCUGGAAAAACUUCCUGAGAUCUUAAAGAUGACCGAGACCAAGCUGGCUGAGUGUCAGGAGCAGCUUAAGAGUUAUGAGAAGAAAAAUAUGGAUCUGUCUGCCAUGAUUACAGACCUCCGUCAGCGGAUUGAGCUUCAGGGGGACAAGAUGGAAUUGACAAGAGAAAAGUAUCAGUCAGCCCAGGAAGAGAAUAAGCAGCUGACUCUCAAGUUGGAGGAGAUGGAGAGGAAACUUGAAGCCACAAGUGGGCAGAACGUAGAAUUUCUCCAGAUCAUCGCGAAAAGGGAAGAGUCCAUCCACCAGGCCCAGCUCCGGCUAGAGGAGAAGACCAGGGAGUGUGGCUCCUUGGCACGCCAGCUGGAGAUGGCCUUUGAUGAUGCCAAGAAGCAGUUGGAGCAAACAAGGGAUCGUGCGGCAGUAAGAGAGAGGACCGCCCAGGCAAAGAUGCUGGAUCUGGAAACCCAGCUGAGCAAGACAAAGACGGAACUGAACCAGCUACAACGCAGUAAAGAUGAUGGCGAGCGCCGCUUCCAGAGCCACCUCCAAGACCUGAAAGAUCGCCUCGAGCAGUCGGAAAGCACCAACCGCAGCAUGCAGAACUACGUGCGGUUCCUGAAGUCUUCGUACGCCAACGUCUUCGGAGACAGCAUCUUGUCCAGUUCUCCCAUUCGUCCCCAGUCUCCUCUUUAGCCCAACCCUUGGUGCUCUCUGCCCCCCCCCCCAUCGUUCCUUGCACCAGGAUGGGUGGGAGGGAGGGAGGGAGGGGGCGCAUGACCAACUUACAAAGCCAUAAUCCGAUUCUGGAAACUGCCUCUCUCGCAAUUCAGCUCCGACUGUUGGAACGAGGGAGGCGCCUUGUCCAGGGGGACCCAAACCGCCUCCUGCCAAGACUCCUAGUGCCUUUACCCAGCUUCCAUCGUGGGCGGUACCCUGCGUGGUUUUUUUAAUCAACUUUUUAAUCUUUUUUUCUGGAAAGUUUUAUAUUGAUGUUUUGGGAAAUUGCUUUUGUUCCCUGAUCCCUCCCAGGUUUCCAAAGAUCAUGUGGUAGGAUAACGAAACCAAUGGGAAGUCUACUUGCUGGCUAGCGUGUUAGCAAUUGUGUGGGAUUUUGUCGUCUCCCCACCCCCUCGGACCGCCUGUGUGUUGCGUGCGAAAAAACACAGUUUCUUCCCACCCCUCAUCCCAACUUUUAUUUCGACGAGCGAUACUGUAAUGACACAUUUGGUGCCGCAGUUUCACAAGAGAAGUAUGUUAAAUAUCCUGAUUUAAUGGCACAGUUCUUAAUCUCCCCACUAUUUUGUAAGCGUUAACUAGGGCCUGCAUUUACAGAGCCACGAAUAUUUUCUUUCACGUAAAAAGCAAGGGUUAUUUUGUUUGUUAAAAUAUCACUCUUAAUCAGUUUUUCUCCAAAUGGGCAGGCGGGGCGAAAUUGCAAAUGUUCAGGAUAAUAUCUUAACUUUUACUCUGAUUAACCAGGAGAUUUCAAUUCUUUCAUAUAUUUUUUUUCCUCGACUGACUUAGAGAAACUAUUUUGCUUUGCAAAAUGUAAAACACGGUGUUUCUGUGCUUCUAUCACAUUUUUGUUCUUUGUUGGGUGGGUGGGGGGUGCAAGGAAUCAACUAACGGAGUCACCGUAUUUUUGAUUUUUCGUAUUUAUGUGUGAAACCACAAGAUUUGCCUUGAAAAGUUUUAAAAAAUCCCGAAUUGACGUGUGGCUUUUUUAAAAUGUGAAAAGAUACUAUGAUAAAAACUUUUUUUUCCCCUCUUGAAA